AUGACACAAUUGACUCUUGAUACUGAUCUCACUCAAUACCAGCGCGAGAUGUUGAACAUUGUUCACAACCUUGCGAAUAGUUUGCUCACAAUUAUUGAUGACAUCCUAGAUUUAUCCAAGAUUGAAGCAAACAGAAUGAUCAUGGAGGAGAUUCCAUAUUCUGUACGAGGAAUUGUCUUCAACGCUCUCAAGACAUUGGCCGUCAAAGCAAACGAAAAGUCUCUUGAUCUCACCUACCGCGUUGACAGCUCUGUUCCAGAUCAUGUUGUCGGAGACUCUUUCCGUCUGCGACAAGUUAUUCUUAAUCUUGUUGGGAACGCCAUCAAGUUUACGGAGAACGGAGAGGUUUCCUUGACAAUCCAACGAGCUUCUCAAGAUCAUUGUAUGCCUAACGAAUAUGCACUCCAAUUUUCCGUAUCGGAUACUGGAAUUGGAAUUCAAGAGGACAAACUCGACCUGAUUUUCGAUACUUUCCAACAGGCCGAUGGAUCAAUGACUCGAAAGUUCGGAGGUACUGGACUUGGUCUUUCUAUCUCUAAACGUCUUGUCAACCUGAUGAGAGGAGAUGUUUGGGUGACAAGUGAGUAUGGUAGGGGAAGUCAAUUUUAUUUCACUUGCACUGUUCGAUUGGCUACGCACGACAUUAGCUUUAUCAAGAAGGCACUACAUCCAUACCAAGGUCACAAUGUGCUCUUCGUUGACAAGGGACAAACCGGUCAUGGACAGGAAAUCAUCGCUAUGCUUUCACAGAUUGGCCUCGUACCCGUUGUUGUGGAUUCGGAAACCAAAGGCGGCUCUGGAAAAGCAGUAGCUUCGUAUGACGUUGUUAUUGUUGAUUCAAUCGAUACCGCGCGUGGUCUCCGAGCUAUCGACGAGUUCAAGUACAUCCCGAUUGUCCUCUUGGCGCCUGUCGUUCAUGUCAGUCUCAAAUCAGCGUUGGAUUUGGGCAUUACGUCUUAUAUGACCACUCCAUGUCUUACAAUUGACCUUGGAAACGGAAUGAUUCCAGCCUUGGAGAAUCGAGCUGCACCCUCUCUGGCGGAUAACACCAGAUCCUUCAAUGUCCUUUUGGCAGAGGACAACUUUGUUAAUCAACGUUUGGCUGUCAAGAUAUUGGAAAAGUAUCACCAUAUUGUCACCGUCGUAGGAAAUGGACAAGAGGCCCUCGACGCGAUCAAGGAGAAGAGAUAUGACGUUAUCUUGAUGGAUGUGCAAAUGCCGAUCAUGGUAGGUCUAUACUAAACACAUACACGUUUGCAUUGCUAACAAAUCAACAGGGAGGAUUCGAAGCAACAGCAAAGAUUCGAGAGUACGAGCGUAGCUUAGGCACACAUCGAACGCCAAUCAUUGCCUUGACAGCACAUGCUAUGCUUGGUGAUAGGGAGAAAUGUAUACAGGCUCAGAUGGACGAGUACCUAUCUAAGCCUCUCAAACAAAACCAUCUCAUCCAAACGAUCUUGAAAUGCGCGACACUUGGCGGGGCUCUGUUGGAGAAGGGAAGAGACAUCAGAGCCUCACCAAAUGGCGACGUUCAGCCUCUGGGUACGAACGGAACAAUAUCUCCGGCACCAGCGAAUCCUGACUCGCUUCUCGCGCGUCCAUCCCUUGAACCUCGUCCAUUCACAACCACUGGGCCAAUAACUCACGGUUCUGUUGAGAGCCCGGCUGUUGUGACUGCAGAAAAAGAAGAUCCGUUGUCUCAGGUACAUUGACCUGCAUGCGUCCUUUCACCUUCAUUCACUGAUUACACCUAGCUGUUAAUGCGUGCUCACAGCUCAUAGCCUGCAACCUGUACGAAUAUCUGCGACGUAAUUGAUCUUCUUUCCCCUCGGAAUUAGAACGAACCUUCCUUUUUUCCUUGAUACCACCAUUGCGAUUCCCUAUAGUCUGUUGAUUGCAUAUUCCAUGUUGCGUGGCGUUUGGGGUGGGCGGUCAGGAGGGAACGAAAUGCACCAUACACGAGCAUCAGUUUUUCUUCUUGUGUUUAUUGUUUUGAUUUUCAGCAAAGGCCAGGAGAAGCAGCAAGCAAGUCAAGUAGGGUGACGAGAUGAAUCAUCGGGGGCUCUUUUUGAUGUUUUCAUCUUGCCGGGCCCCAUUUAUCAGUUUGCAAGACAUUUCGAUGUUUUAUCUUCCGUCUGGUUUUAUAUUCUCUUCUUUUUCCUUUCUCUUUAUCCCGGAAAGCUACAGGCCGGCUUCUCUGAGUAGGGAUUUGUGGAUUGUAAACCGGGUCGCUGGGGGACGCAUGGGACAUCUUUCAGUUUUAAUGGACUGAAUUUACGCCUCUUUCCUAUAUGAACGAAGAAGGGAUGAAUCCAUGAGAGGUGAUAGAGAUAUGUGAAUGGGGAGAAGUGGACGACGUCACAUAGGAGAGAAAGCCGGGGGAAGAAUGAAACUUGAUGCCAGGGAGAGAGAGGGGUGAUUGUUUAUUAGUCUUGUAUUAGAUUGAUAGACACACGUUACAUUCCAUGUUUCUUUUCCUUUUUGUGUGUGUGUGUGUGUUGACGUGUUGACGUGUUGACGUGUUGACGUGUUGACGUGUUGACGUGUUGACGUGUAUUGAUUUGUGAGUCGUCGUCUCCUGUAGUGCAGUAGUUAAUUUGUUCUCUAGUAGUUGUUUACUAUACC